AUGAAACUAUAUUUUUUAGUUUUAGUUUUGUUGAUGGCAACCUGUUCGUUGGCAGAAAUAAACGAACAAGAAAUUAUUGACAAAAUUCUUGCAAUUAGAAAUACUAAUCUCUAUGGAACUCCUCAGAAAUAUACUCCACCAUUCGGAUAUGGAGCUCCAGGUUAUGGAGCUCCAGGAUUUCAACCAUGGAGUGGAACCGGUUUUGAACAAGGUGGAAUCCCAUUGUUAGCAGGAUUGUUCUCUGGAAAUUCAUUCCCCUACCCAUUUAAUUGGUUAGGUGGAGGUGGUGCUUACAUUGGUGGAUACUCUGGAGCUGUACCACCUUGGUACCCUGAUCACACUCCAAAUGGAAAAUAUAUUGGUGGUGGUAACUGGGACGGAUAUCUUGCUGGAUAUUUCCCAAUUGGUAAAUUACAAACUACCCCUGCUUUUUAUAAUAACAAACAAGAAUCAGCAUAA